AUGAAGUUCCUCAAAGUGGGACGUGUAGCAAUCAUCACCAGAGGCAGAUAUGCCGGAAAGAAGGUUGUCAUAAUCCAGCCCGUCGACUCCGGCACAAAGCAGCACCCGUUCUCCUACGCUUUGGUCGCAGGCAUUGAGCGCUACCCCUCCAAAGUCACCCGUCGCAUGGGCAAGAAGCGAGUCGAGAAGCGAUCGAAAGUCAAGCCAUUCAUCAAGAUGGUCAACUACAACCACAUCAUGCCCACGCGCUAUACCCUCGAGCUGGAAGGACUGAAGAGUGUCAUUUCGAACGAUACUUUCAAGGAGGUUUCACAGAGGGAGGAUGCGAAGAAGAACGUGAAGAAGGCUUUGGAGGAGAGAUACUUGAGCGGCAAGAACAGAUGGUUCUUCACGCCUCUGAGAUUCUAG